AACUCUUCUCGAAGCAUGAUAAGCGACGAGCUGUUGUCCACAUUCAUUCAAGUCGCCGGCGUUUAUAUUUCGGGCAUCGUCGGGUUCCUGGGCAUCGUGUUCAACGUCAUCAACAUCAUCGUCUUCGUCAAACUCGGUUUCUCGGACACCACCAACAUCUCGCUGCUGGCUCUGUCCGUGGCAGACAUCGGCGUUUCCUUGCCCGUGCUCGGGUACAGCAUCAUCAGCAUCCCUUUCGUCACCUCGCUACUCGGGCGAUCGCUGGCGGGGGCCAUUAUUUACGCUGUCGGAGCCCCUGUCCACAUUCUGUUUUGCCGGAUCGCCGGUCUCUUGACGGCGUUUCUGGCACUGGAGCGAUUCGUCUGCGUGGCGUGGCCGUUGCGCGUCAAAACUGUGGUCACGCCACGGCUGACCGUUGGUUUAGUGAUAAGCCUCUUUGUCAUCAUGACGGCAUGCAAUGUUCCUAAUUCUCUAGCCUAUCGUAUCGGGCUUGAAUUCGACCCGCUGUUGAACGAGACUGGGUACGGGAUUCUAUUUCAUCCGCACGGCGAUCAACUCCAGGACAUAACGAUCACCGUCCAGGUGCUGGCCCAGAUAACAUCAUUCACCGUCGUCGCCGUGUCCACUCUUGGGCUGGUCUGGUCACUGCGUAAAAGCGUCAAAUGGAGGAAGUCCACGUCUGCUGUCAGCCUCCCUGCUCACGUGUCCAGACGUGAAAAACAACUGGUCAAGAUGGUCAUCCUGAUCUCAGUGGUUUUCAUCGUCUGCUCGCUGCCCACGGUUGUCGGGAACUUGGCGAUGGUUUGCGAUAAGGACUUCAACGUCCGUGGGAGUCUCAUGAACCUGUUUUUAUUUUCGUCCAUAGUAUUUUUCAUCUUAAACACCACCAACUCGAUGGUCAACAUGUUUGUCUACCUGAACAUGAGCUCCAGGUACAGAGUGGUGUUUCUUUCACUGAUCAGUCGGACGUGA